AUGGAUAUUUACGAUGUGAUUAUUAUCGGGUGUGGUUCAGCCGGUAUUGGCGCUGGGAUCGAGUUCGAAAAGAUGACAUCCAAAAGUAUCAAUUAUUUAAUUUUAGAAGCACGAAAUCGAAUUGGUGGAAGAGCAUAUACUGAUAUAACAACAUUCGGCAAGGAUAUUCCGCUCGACCAUGGUGCGCAUUAUAUUUGUCAUCAUGAAGAAAAUAAUUUUCUACGGCAAUUCUAUGUUCCAUCUGAAAAGGACUUUGUCGAAUCUGAUUAUUACGAUAAUUCAACAAUGAUUAUAUACGAUCAACACGGAGCUAUAAUCGAAGAUGAACUGAUCAAUAAAGCAACAAAGUGUGCGGAUGAUUUACUAGCAGCUGCCGAAGAAUAUCCUAAUGAAGCCCUUGACGUAUCCGUGUUUGAUUUAGUCAAUACUCAAUUAGAAGCGAUCUCCGACUCACGAUUGAAAUCACUGGUGAAGACGAAUUUGAGUUAUAUUGAAUGUCAUGAAGCUUCAGAUAUGAAACAAUUAUCCAGUAAACUAUAUGGUAAAGGUGAAGGUGAUCUACCCGAAUCGGAUCUAACGAUUACUGACGGUUUGGGUACACUAGUUCAACAUAUCGCUUCAAAAUAUAAUCUGCCGAUAAAACUAAAUUCCAUUGUUACAGAUAUCGACGCAUCCAACGACAUAGUUCGCGUAACUACAAAAAACAAUGAAUUCUAUCUAUGUCGGUAUGUUCUUCUGACAGUUCCGCUUGGUUGUUUAAAAUCAAAUUCAAUUUCGAUUAAACCUUCACUACCAACUUGGAAGAAAGAUGCAAUUGAUCGAAUGGGUUUUGGCUUGUUAAAUAAAGUCUACGUUCAAUUUUCUGAACUCUUCUGGGAUGCGACAUUACGACGGAUAACCAUCGUCGAAGAUGAAUCGCAAUUCUACUAUUGUUUACCUGAAUAUCGAAUGUUAGCAUUGUUUAUUUCAGGCUCGAUGGCUAGACGAUUUGAGCAGAAAACAGACGAACAAAUUGUCCGCGAAGUAUUUCAUUCACUUCAACGAAUUUAUCCAAAAUUGACGUAUCCUGUUAAAUGGCUCAUUACACGUUGGGGAUCCGAUCCAUUCUCCCAAGGUUCAUAUUCGAGUUUUCAUCUUGGUAGUGAUCUUAACACGGUCAAAGACCUAUCUCGCGAAACACACGAUGGUCGUAUCUGCUGGGCUGGUGAACAUACGAACUAUAACGGAUGUAUCGGUUAUGUUGAUAGUGGAUUUGAGAGUGGUAUGCGGGAAGGAAAGCGAUUGUUAGAUUCAUUUUUUGGUAAAGACAAUGUUUUGACUUCGUAA